CGGAGGAGAGGAGCUCUGUACACUCUGGAGCAUGCCACGCUGACACUCUCUUCUUCUGUCGGACAAAGAGGACAUUCUCCUGCCCACCCGGGCUCCUCAUCUGUGCUCACCCGGGAAGCUGCCUCGACCGGCCACUGUAGCCAUGCGAUCGGGCGCCUGGUCGUUCAGAUACGUACUUCGGAAGAUCUUGUCCCCGGCGCUGUGGUUGGUGCUCCUGGGAAGCUGCGUCUCAGCAGGAGAUAAAGCUGUCCCCACAGUGCUCUCCUCCACCCUGUCCUCUGUACUCACACAAGGAACAAUAAACCAAGACUCUAGCUCCACCUUACUGACUGGUGGCCUACUGGCCAAAAAAAGACAGCAUGCCUCCCAGAAAGGGGAUUCUGUCCCUGCUACCCUGCCCUACAGUCUGCUGCCUCUUUUGGGCAGAGGGCUCAGCCUGGGCCCCCUGUCAGGAGCACGCUUACCAGAGCAGCAGAACAGAGGACUGCUGCACACUGAGAAAGCCCCAACAUCAGCUACAACACCGGGCCAAAAUUACUCUCCAACUGAGGCUCCCCCCAAACUCUUUCUUCCUCCUCCACUGCACACAGAUAGCUCUGAACUUGGGCCCUCUCCAACCGGCAGUGUGGAAACAGACACAGGGACCACUCAAACAGUGCCCAGCUGCAUAGUCAGUCUGACCAGCCCGGAGGGAUAUAUUGACUCAUCUGAUGACCCUCCUUUACCGAAUGGCCCCUUCCUCCAUUGCACCUACAUCAUCACUGUGUACACAGGAUAUGGAGUGGAACUGCAGGUGAAAAGUGUGAACCUGUCAGAUAGUGAGCAGCUCUCUAUCAGAGGAUCAGAUGAAACAGGCACCCUGUUGGUCCUGGCCAACCACACUCUGCUGGUGGAGGGUCAGGUGAUCCGCAGCCCCACGAACACCAUGUCAGUGUACUACCGCUCUGGGCCUGAAGGAAGCAUUGGCACCUUCCAGCUGCAUUACCAAAUCUUCAGACUGAGCUGUUCCCUCCCUAAAAGGCCUCAUUUUGGGGAGGUGACUGUGCUCGACCUGCUCCCUGGAGGCACUGCCCGCUUCCACUGCCACAUGGGCUACCACCUGCAGGGAGACACGCUGCUCACCUGCCUCAAUGCUUCUCUGCCUGUUUGGAGCGGGAGGGAGCCCACCUGCCGAGCUCUCUGUGGAGGCACAGUGAAAAAUGCCACAGUAGGCAGGGUCCUCUCACCCUCACCUCAGCACGGGCCCAAUGCAACACAUGAUCGCUCCUGCUCCUGGUCUCUGGAGGCCCCCAAACACCAAAGGCUUCACCUGCACCUGGAGAGACUGGCUUUGGGACCCACUGACAGGUUGGUGCUGUGGAGUGGUCUGGAUGCUGGCUCUGUAGUGCUCUUCGACUCAGGACGUGGAGGGCAAAUACCCUUUGAAGGAGUCAUCAGUGAGGGGCCUGCUGUACGAAUCCAGUUCAUUACAGACCAGCCCAACCACCACACAGGAUUCAACAUCCGCUAUGAGGCUUUUGAGCGUGGUCACUGCUAUGAACCCUACCUCCAGAAUGGAAACUUCACCACGUCCGAUCCUCUGUAUGGGGUAGGCACUGUUGUCCAGUUCACUUGUGAUCCAGGACAUUCGCUUGAACAAGGACCUCCUGUCAUUGAGUGCAUCAGUGCCAGAGACCCAUACUGGAAUGACACAGAGCCAUUGUGUAAAGCACAGUGUGGUGGUGACCUGACUGGACCAGGUGGGGUGAUCCUAUCUCCUAACUGGCCCGAAUGGUAUGGGGAGGGAGAGGACUGCAGUUGGAGGAUACAUGUCAGUGAGGACAAACGAGUUCUGCUGGAUGUACAACUUAUGAACAUCAGCGACAGUGACAUGCUUACCAUCACAGAUGGAGAUGAGGUUAUGACACAUGUUCUGGCUCGAUAUGUUGGAGGAAGCAGCCCGUUCAAGCUUUUCUCCACCACACCUGACCUGACCAUCACCUUCCACUCCGAUCCUGCAGGACUUGUGUUUGGCAAGGGUGAAGGUUUCAUCAUUAAUUAUAUGGAGGUGUCUCGAAAUGACUCAUGUCCAGACUUGCCAGAGAUACAAAAUGGCUGGAAGACCACAUCUCACAUUGCCCUGGUGCGUGGGGCACGCAUCACUUAUCAAUGUGACCCAGGGUACGACCUGGUGGGACGAGACACUCUCACUUGCCAGCUUGACUUAGCCUGGAGUUCACAGCCACCUUUCUGUGAAAAAAUUAUGUAUUGCUCAGACCCAGGCCAUGUAGAACAUUCAACUCGGGCAUUGUCAGACCCAAAACUCCUUGUGGGAACAACUAUCCAGUAUACCUGCAAUCCUGGAUUCAUCCUACAGGGUGGCGCCACUAUCACAUGCUAUGGCCGUGAACCUGGAACUCCAGUGUGGACAUCCAAAUUGCCACACUGUGUUUCUGAGGAGUUGGUGUCUUGUGAGAACCCAGGUCUCCCUGACAAUGGUUACCAGAUCCUGUCCAAAAGGCUUUACCUCCCUGGAGAGUCUCUCACUUUUGUCUGCUACCAAGGCUAUGAGCUUAUCGGAGAAGUGGCAAUUAAAUGCAUUCUGGGAAAUCCAUCGUUCUGGAGUGGACCACUUCCUCUCUGCAGGGCCAACCAUGAGUGCUUUGGCAACCAUGCUUUGGAAGUUGCAGAAGCAACCGCGCACUCUACUCUCGAAGGAGGGAAAAUAGCCCUGUCCAUUUUUAUCCUAGUGCUCAUACUGUCUGUGCUGCUGGGAGGAGCUUAUGUCUAUGUCACAAGGUGUCGCUAUCACUCCAAUUUAAGAUUGCCUCUCAUCUAUCCUCAUCCAUACCGACAAAUCACUGUGGAAACAGAAUUUGAUAACCCACUCUAUGAGACAGGAGGACAGGACAAUCGUGAAUAUGAAGUAUCAAUAUGAAGUGACCACCAUCUUUAUGGUUCAUCCUAUUCUCUGCUGGAUGGGGGGAAGCAGUGUAAAUAAAAUAUAUGAUGUCCACCCCCCACCCCCAUUCCCUUCUGUGAGACUCCAUGAUUAUGUUUUGUCCAGUUUUUAUGUUACUCUGAACAGAGUGAUGGAAGAAAUUAGGAGAGGACAAUUGGAGGCAUAAUUAUGGACAAGACUGGUUGAAAUGAAUGAGAAUCCUACAUCAUGCCAGUGUAUUCAUUUAUAAAUAAUGGUGACGUAUUUUGUUACUCCCAUGGACAUAAUACUGUCACCCCUUUUCUCAACUUGUCAUUCAAAACAAGCACGUUACAAACUGACUAGGUCCAGUGCUGUAAUGUUGUUGUAAACUGCACUUCCAGUUCAAGAGAGAGUUGCCAUACCCUACUACCUGGCUUCAAACUACCCAUGAAACAGUACAUCAAGUACCACUGCAGAUUUGGAUGUUGCAAUUCAGUUACUUUCUUUCAAAUAAAAGUU